AACUCGAACGUACUGGUGUACAUAAAUUGAAUUGAGAGCACAAAUAAACCAUUACUCGGGAAAACCAAAAAAUGGCCCAACUUGGUGUCCCGGUAAAAUCACUAGCAACGUCAUGCAAACUUUCUCACAUUCACAUCCCCAAAUCCGCUUUCUUUUCUCACUGUCUCCCUCCAUUUCCCUCCUUCACCACCAAACCUUCUCUCCUUGUCCAACCUAGCCACCCGUUAUCCGCGCUUCGUUACCGCACUCUCGCACCCUGCAACUGCAAUAAGUCAGAUAUUAUUUCGCAAUUGGAACUCGGAAAACCUGAGCCAAAAGGGAAACCGGAGAAACGAGUUAACGGUAUAUUCUGGAUCAUUCUCCUCAACAUUGGCGUUUUCAUCGCUGACCACUUUUUGCAUGUUAAUGGGGCAAAGGAUUUGUAUUUGUACCACACGUGGCCUGCUUGGUACCAGUUUGUCACAGCUACAUUUUGUCAUGCUAAUUGGAAGCAUCUUUCUAGCAACCUUUUCUUCCUUUACAUUUUUGGAAAACUUGUUGAAGAAGAGGAAGGGAACCUUGCUUUGUGGCUUUCUUAUAUUCUUACUGGUGUAGGAGCAAACCUGGUUUCAUGGUUGGUUUUACCUAGAAAUACAGUUUCUGUUGGAGCUUCUGGUGCUGUUUUUGGGUUAUUUACCAUCAGUGUCCUUGUAAAGAUGUCCUGGGACUGGAGGAAGAUCCUUGAAGUGCUUAUAUUGGGUCAGUUCGUUAUAGAGAAGGUUAUGGAGGCAGCCCAAGCUUCAACAUCAUUAUCAGGAACCUUUCACGGAGGCUACACAUUGCAAAGUGUAAAUCACAUCGCACAUCUUUCUGGUGCGCUUGUUGGUGUGCUUUUGGUUUGGCUUCUUAGCAAAGUUCCUUCUGCUCCUUUAGACCAAUAACCCACGCAGUUCAACAAAAAAGGCCGAACUACUAGCGUACCUUAGCUAGACCAAAAAUUACAAAUGUGUCAUUUUGUUACUUCUGCUACUAUUGAUGCUAGGCGUUCAAAUAAUAUCAAUAUCUGUUAUAAGGGUAUAGUCUUGUUAAGAACGCUUCGCUA